UUUUCUUCAAUAUUUUUGUGCCACUUUUACAAAGCUACUUAUUCUAUUUUUAUAAUCUUCUUGCACCACUCUCAUUUAUAUUCAAAACUUUUUCUCUACCACUUUUAUCUCCUUAAAUCUUCUGGGAAUUCUUGUUGGUCUUAAGGUCCAAUUAGUAUUUUUCUUUGAGGCUUUAUUUGUAUCUGUUUUCACAAUGUUGGCUUCUUCUGAGUUUAUAUCUUGGUCUUCCCUGCUACCAUAGUAGCUUUUAAAAUUUUUAGUCAAGUACUGUUUUUGUCGAUUACUUAUUAUUCCAAUCUUUUUAAACUUUGAAGCUUAUGUUAAAGUUGGGCUCUAUUAUCCUGGGGGCAGUGAGUUACUGUGCCAGGUUUCAUGCUUUUUCUUGCUGCUAUUUUUAAAGCUAGUUCUGAACCAUCCACAAACUUUAGCUGCUUCCAAGGUGCUGUGAUAUGAGGGGAGAGAGAGUCAUUUUGUCCUGGCCUGUAUUCUAUUAUUUAUAGAGGAAGACUCUGUGCUCCCCCAAAUCUCAAAUACUAGUGUUCCUCUUGGCCCCGGUAUCAUGACCAGGUCUACUGUUUUGUGACAUCUGCUAGUGUUAGUGGUCUGCUCUGUCUCAGAAACAAGAGUAGGACUUCUGCUUCUUUGUGACUGAUCACAUGUAAUUCUUUUUGCUCUGGAAUUGCUAUGGGUAUUGUGAAUUAGCACCAUCAGUACUUGGUGCCAGCAAAGAGUCCCCCCAUAAUCUUUUUCUGACCAGUUGUCUGAACCCCUUAUCAUCUCAGGGAUGAGAACCCCCAAAGCUACUGCCACAACCAGUUUAGCUGUUCUCCAAUUUAUGAAUAUCCCUUCAAUGUUCAAUUCUUUGAUACCACAGAAAGAGCCACUAUAAAUAUUUUUGUAUAUUUAAUUCCCCCCCCCCCAAUAAAAGGAGGAUACGAAUACCUACCACCUUACAGGGUGAGAAAAAAUGGAAUAUUUAUAAAACACUUUGCUAACCAUAUAGUACUACAUAAAGGCCAAAGGGAACAAACAAUUAUCCAAAUAUUUUUUAAAAGUUUCACAGAACCCAAGUUAGUAUAGAUGAAAGACAAGAGGACCCAUGGACAGAACCUUCAGGACAUCAAGUUAGUGGAUUUGGCAUGGAAUGAAUGUCCUCAAAGGAGACUGAACUGUACAGAGCAUUGUCAUGAAAAACUAAGGGGAAAAUAUAUGAGGAAAAGUUUAGCAACAGUUUGCAGUGGUACAUAGAGAUCAGUGAAGCUGAAGACUAAGGAAAGGCUUUUAGAUUUGUCAAAGAGAUUAUUGGAAUGUUUUGUCAGCCAUAUUUAUCAAGUGCCUACUGUGGUCUGGGCACUGUGCUAAGCUCUGGAAAUACAAGGAACAGAAAAUAUUCUGUUCUUAAGGAUCUCAUGGUAUAAUGGAGCAUAUAAUAUUCUAAUGUCUGUAUACAAAAAAAAUAGGUACAAGAUAAACUCAAAAUAACCAACAGAGGGAAGGCACUGAGUUUAAGAAGAAUAGAGAAAAGCUGCUUUUAGAAGGUGGGAUUUUAACUGAACUUUGAAAGGCUCCUGCAAGACCUGAGAUUCUAAGCAUGGGGGACAGGCAAUAAAAAUGACUGGAGAUGGGAGUUGAAAUGUUUUGUGCAAACAAGAGCAAAAAAGUCUGUCUUGUGUUCUCAGAAUAUGUUCAGUUGGGGCAGCUGGGUGGCUCAGUGGAUUGAGAGCCAGGCCUAGAGAUGGGAGGUCCUAGGUUCAAAUCUGGCCUCAGACACUUCCCAGCUGUGUGACCCUGGGCAGGCCACUUGACCCCCAUUGCUUAGCCCUUACCACUCUUCUGCAUUGGAGACAAUACACAGUAUUGACUCCAAGAUGGAAGGUAAGGAUAAAAAAAAAAAGAAUAUGUUCAGUUGAUGGGGAGUGAAUGCAUGAGAAAACUUGUAUGAAGGGGUAUGGUUAUGAAGAGUUUGAUUGUCAAACUGAAUUUUGUAAUUGAUUUUUAGGUGUAAGAGGGGACCAAUGAAAUUCAUUGAAUGGGGUGGAGGUAAAUGUGCCUUUGAUCAGACCUGAACCUUAGUAAUAUCAUUUUGACAGUUAAUUUCAGGGUAAACUGGAAUAUAGAGUGAAGAAGAGAGGUCAACCAGAAAGCUGUUUUUAUAGUCCAGAAUGAGGUGAUUAAAAUCUGGACCAACAUGGUGGCAGUGAGAGGAAAGAAGGGGAUAUCUAUGGAUGAUGUUUAAAAGGAGAAUAUAUAAAAAACUGGAGGCCAAGAUACUUCCUUUUGAAGACAGAUGGCUCAUUCAUAGGAUAUAAGGAGAAACCUCAAGAUGUGGAUUUACCUUAUCCCCUUAACAACUUUUCAGUGGCAAAAUGCCAGCUCAUGAAAACAGAACGACCAAAGCCAAACACAUUUAUUAUCAGAUGCCUCCAGUGGACCACUGUUAUAGAACGAACAUUUCAUGUGGAUACUCCAGAGGAAAGGGAAGAAUGGACAGAAGCUAUCCAGGCUGUAGCAGACAGACUUCAGAGGCAAGAAGAGGAAAGGAUGAACUGUAGUCCAACUUCACAAAUUGACAAUAUAGGAGAAGAGGAAAUGGAUGCUUCUACAACUCAUCAUAAAAGAAAGACAAUGAAUGACUUUGACUAUUUGAAAUUAUUGGGUAAAGGCACUUUUGGGAAAGUGAUUUUGGUUCGAGAGAAGGCAAGUGGAAAAUAUUAUGCUAUGAAGAUUUUGAAGAAAGAAGUAAUUAUUGCAAAGGAUGAAGUGGCACACACUCUAACAGAAAGCAGAGUAUUAAAAAACACUAGACAUCCCUUUUUAACAUCCUUGAAAUAUUCUUUCCAGACAAAAGAUCGUUUGUGUUUUGUGAUGGAGUAUGUUAAUGGAGGAGAGCUGUUUUUCCAUUUGUCGAGAGAGCGGGUGUUCUCUGAGGACCGCACACGCUUCUAUGGUGCAGAAAUUGUCUCUGCUUUGGACUAUCUACAUUCUGGAAAGAUUGUGUAUCGUGAUCUCAAGUUGGAAAAUUUGAUGUUGGAUAAAGAUGGCCACAUAAAAAUUACAGAUUUUGGACUUUGCAAAGAAGGGAUUACAGAUGCAGCUACAAUGAAGACAUUUUGUGGUACACCUGAAUACCUUGCACCUGAGGUAUUAGAAGAUAAUGACUAUGGCCGUGCAGUGGACUGGUGGGGUUUGGGGGUUGUCAUGUAUGAAAUGAUGUGUGGGAGAUUACCAUUCUACAACCAGGAUCAUGAGAAACUUUUUGAGCUAAUACUAAUGGAGGACAUUAAAUUUCCUCGAACUCUUUCUUCUGAUGCAAAAUCCUUACUUUCAGGACUCUUAAUAAAAGAUCCAAAUAAACGCCUUGGUGGAGGUCCGGAUGAUGCAAAAGAAAUUAUGAGGCACAGUUUCUUUGUUGGAGUAAAUUGGCAAGAUGUAUAUGAUAAAAAGCUGGUACCUCCUUUUAAGCCUCAAGUAACGUCUGAGACAGAUACCAGAUAUUUUGAUGAAGAAUUUACAGCUCAAACAAUUACAAUAACUCCACCUGAAAAAUAUGAUGAAGAUGGUAUGGACUGCAUGGACAAUGAGAGACGGCCACAUUUUCCACAGUUUUCCUACUCAGCAAGUGGACGAGAAUAAUCUUCUUGAAUUCUGCUGCAUCGCUGUCAUCCUAGGUUUAUUAUCAGAAAUGAAUCCUGGGCAUCACCACCAGUACUAGCUAUUCGCUAAGAUAGCAGGAGCACUUUCAGACGUCAUCCCAAAUUGAAUGAGAUCCUUCAUCCCUUUCCACCCUUUUCUCUUCAUCCCUGCCCUCAUGCCCUUGCUUCCCGUCCUUCUCUUACAAACAUUCUCACAGACAUACACGCGCGUGUGCGCGCGUGCACACACACACACACACACACACACACACACACACACCUGCCUUUUUGUUUUUGCAUGAAAUUUUCUCAGUCUAAGGUCUCAUGCUAUUGCUGCUACCGUCUCACUAUUAUAGCAACUUUAAGAAGUAAUUUUACAAUCUUUGGAAGUCAUGAGUCCUCCGUUGUAUGUUUGUGCACCAAUUGUCAUCUUUUGUUUUUCCCUCGCCUUAGAGGUUAAAAAGAGAUAAAUUGGUCCUAGAUGCAUCUCUUAAUUUUCUAGAAGGUAAAUCAGAAUAUUAAUUAGACUAAGAAGACUUAGUUCCUAAUGUUUUCUUGCAUCUGUUUGUGCUGGUCCAAAUAAGCAAUUUGGAGAGGGUGGUGAUGUGCUUAUGCAAAGCUUGAGUUAGGGCAUAUAAGUACUGGAAGCAGGCAUAUGUCAUUAACAUCUGGCUGGAAUUCAUUUGGAAAGCAUUUGAGCAAAGGACUUUACCAUUGAGAUAUAUAUAGAUAUAUAGAUAUAUAUGUAGACAUACAUAUAUACACACACACACAUAUAUGUCUACACAUAUGUGUGUAUAUAUAUAUAAAUUCCUAUUGGCUACUACCGAAGAAGUAGAGGGGCCCCAGGCGCCCGGUGUCACACGGACUUCCAGAUUUCAUGUGCAAUCAUGGACAACUGAGCGUUACAGCCAAGACACGGAGGUGGCAUAGACGCGGCAUUGUCACCGUCGCUCGAAGGGUCUAAUGGAGUGGUUUGCACCAGAGAGCACUCUUCCAUGCGCUUGGUAUUUACAUUUUUUCCCUCUUGAUGUACAUCCCUCCUGAUGGCUAAAGAAUGUAGACAGGCACAGGGAUCCUGCUUUUCACCAAAACUUGUGCACCAAGAGAAACAGGUGUUUGCCUUCCAUGUUUUUUACUUUUACUUUGUUUUUUUGUGAAUUCUCUUUUCACAAAUGUUAAGAUCUUUGAAUGUCCUUUGGGGUUGGUUUUGUUUAUAUCGCAGUAGUAUUUAUUUUUUAGUGAUAAAGAUUGCGUGUGUCCUCUUAGCAGAUACAGCUGCAACUUACAUAGAUUAGGCUUACAGCAGUUUAGUUUGUCCUACAUGCAAAGGAAUGUACAAGCUGAUGAGAAUCAUGCACUUUUUUCUCCUAUGUGGACAUUUUGACAAGGCUCUGAAAUUGUAUACGCUGCAUAGAGUUGGCUUCAGGGGAAGAGAUACUGUCACUUAACCUCGGUGCUGUAACUGGAGAGCCCAACGGCCAGUGCCAGGCAGUUACUAAAAACAAACGAAUGUUUUUGCUCCUUUGAGAAUUAAUGUAUUAUGAAAGCCAGGCAGCAGAAUAGGAAUGAGGUGAAGGAAUACUUUUAAAGCGAUUUGACACCAGAACAAUGAUCAGAAAAGCACUUUACUUGGCACGCUGACCAUGAAGAGGAUGGAUUGAAGAAAUCACUGCUAGAAUGUACCAAGUAGAAAACAAGGGGUAAGAAAACUACUGUGUCUGGGCAGAUCAUGGUACAUUAAUCACUGAAUUGUCAUCAGGGAAAAAAAGAACACCUCCAAGUUUUCUUUUUCUGUAUAUACUCAUGUCCCCAAAUCCCAAUGUUUCUUACUGAAUGGGGCAUGUAUGCAAACCUCAUCUUUCUCCUUUAUUAAUGAUGAUCUUCAGAUUUAAACCCUCUGGUGCUAGGAGCUGACGUUUUCCACAGUGGCCUGCAAGGCCUGCAAGGCCAGAAGGCUGCUCUUACUACACAAGAGAAGGAAUCCUGGCUCCAUAGGAUUAUCAUUGAAGUAUUCUGGUGUCACUAUCUUAGCAGCUCCCACAGUGACAAAUGGCAGCAUUAUGUAGAAUUAUGAUUGUGUUGUAUGAAAGAGCAAAUGACUUCUAGAUACUCUUCAUAUGCAGAUGUCUUAGCUGCUGGAUGCUGAACGUGCGGGCUUAGCGCGAUGCCACUGCUGGCAGUGGACACUGGGGCUGACAGGGACAAAGGGCAUUUUACUAAGGCAGCUAAGACACAUUCAGACAUAGACUUUAUUCUAAUUUUUCAUAUUUCUGAGUAAAGUUCAUAUUUAAUACUAGGUGGGCAAUUAAAGUAAAGGAUAUCAUUUUGCUUAUACUUACGGAUUUCAUCUUCUUACUUGGUAACCUAUUGAGUUUUCAUCUUUGGAAAAGAAAGUCGGAAUAGUGAGCACAUCCCCCGAGUUGUUUUACCCUCCCUACAUAAAAACGUAUCAGGCGAGCUGAGGACGGGAGAGCUGGGGCCCGGCUUCCUGGCCACGCGGAGCGUUUGCCCCUCUGAAAUGCCCUCCACGGACGGCGGGCGGCCUAUCGCCCCCCGGCCAGGCACGGCCACUGGUUUCCUUUGGUUUUCCUCUCGAGGUAGUGUUGUGCGACCUUGGCACUGGGCACUUCCUCCAGACGAAUGGCGGCCCUGCCCGAGCCCCAGGCCCUCCGCUCAGCCACGUGGCUCUGGGGGAGCCCGGUGCAGUCUGCACUUGAGUUUGGUGAACUGUUGGAAAGCUAUUUCAGGUGGAGUUGCAGAGGGCUAAGCGGGCUGCCACCCUGCUCUCGAGGGCGCCGAAGACGUAUUCAGGACAAGCAGAGUAUUCGCUUGGCUUAGAGUUGGGAAGACCCACAGUCUUCACUCAGCUGGGAGAAGGGAAGAAAAUAGACACCAGAUUGCGAUGCUGAAAGAGGUUGGGGGAGCUUCUGGUAUUUGCCGUGACUCUAGUUUUAGCAUUCUGGCAGGUGAGAAGGCCCGAGACGGGCGCCUUCCAUCGCUCCUCGGACGUGUCAGCGGGUUGCCUCCGGCUUGCACUGACUGUCGCUCAGCCGGCCCUCCUGCACGGAGGCCAUCUUGGAGGAAGUCGGCUCUUUCUGUUUGGACUGAAGACAGAUUUGCACACAGCUUUGCGUUCUCCACUAACUGCAUCUUCCAACACAUUCCUGUUGCUUAAAGAACAUGAUUCCAGUAUUGUUUUCCAUUUCCCACCCCCGAUUUCUAGCUUCCUAAAGCUGACUCUUCUUGCAGGGGCCAUUGUGCUUCUCCCAGAGUACACAAGGAAGGUCCUUCCUUACUAACUGCAGGGUCUAUCUAUUACACCUCAAUGUACACACUUUGCUGCUACUGUUUGUACUGUCUACAGUAGAAUUUCCUUAUCUUGCUCCUGGUAGUGCAUUACAGGCAAGCAUGAACUGUAAAGUAUUUAUUUAAAUAAACAAAUAAACAACCAUAAAUGACACCUCUAAAUUGGUAAUUGAAUUACCUCCCUGUAGCUUUAGAGUUUGUGACAUUUCUUGACCUUGCUAGUUCUUUCAUUAAAUCUGUGCAAGAUCUAGUCAUCUGGUUAAGGAUUUUAAGCAGACGUGACUAUGAACCCAAGGAACUGUAUUACUCUUACUGUUGGUCAUACUUAAACUGUUUAUUUACUUAAGUAUAUGACCCACAAGGAUGUGAAAUAACUACAAGAAACUGUUUUUGUACACUGUACAUCCUUAGUAUUUUUACACGUAUAUGAUAGGGAUGCACAUUAUUUUCCUUCGUACAGACAGCUUAAAUAAAGCACUAUGUCAAUCUGCUA